GCCAUGAGUCUGUAACGUGCAUCUCGGCUAGUGACCGUGACACGUGAGUUCAACCUCUACACGCUUGGAACACAAAAUGGAGACGAGAAGAAGCAAACGCAAGAAGAUCGCGCCCCCCAGGCGUUUUUUGUCAGAAUCGGCUAAAGAUUCGGCUGGCCAGCCUGAGUUGGAACAGCCCAGCACCCACCCUGUGGGAGAGGAAACGGCGGCUAAAGAUUCGGCUGGCCAGCCUGAGUUGGAACAGCCCAGCUCGCACCCUGUGGGAGAGGAAACGGAUUGUUCUGCAGCUCCCACAGCCAUAGCAGCUCUGAAGCACAGAAACAAUAAUGCCUUGAAAAUUAGGCUAGAUGCUGCAAACGACAAAAUAGUAUCUUUAGAAAGUGAAAGGGACUUUCUCUGGAAACAGCUGGCUAAGGUUUUGGCCCUUGCGAAAAAGGUCCUAGACUGCUCUUCAUCCUCCACCUCCUCAUCCUCCUCCAGUUCCUCCUCCAGUUCCUCCCGCUCCUCAUCCUCUUCAUCAGAGAGGGGGAAGAAGAGGAAGAGGAAGAACAGCAAGAAUGCAAAGAGAAUCCUGACCCCAGAAGAGGCCAUAACCAUGUUUUGGAUGCUGUGAAAAAGGGGAAAAAUAAUAAUGUUUUUUUGUUUCAACAGGCCAUUUAUUUUAUUUCUUUAAAAUAUUGACGCUCUCUCUAUUGAUUUUUGAUUUGCCCAUAAUUGAAGUGCAGAAGAGUGCAGCUUUUGGUUUUGUUUUAUAAAAGUUUUUAUUUUUUUGUAAUGUUCCUAGUUAACAAUAUAAUCAUAUAUGACAUUUUUCAAAACGUUAAAAAAGU